CGGCGGCAGCAGCGUUGCGGGAGGCCGGCUUGCGGGCGGGGUUGGUCCGCCCCGCACGCCGCUCCGCCCCCCCCCCCCCGGCAAGAAGGCGACUGCCGCUGCGGGGGGGGGGCGGCGAUGGCCGAGGCGACCCCCGGCGGAGGCGUGCGGAGGCUCGGGAGCAAUGCGGCCUCCUUUCCUGGGAACCUGCAGCUAGUGAUGGUUCUACGUCCCACUGGGUUUUUCCAGCGCACUUUCACUGACAUUGGAUUUCGCUUCAGUCAGGAGGAUUUUCUACUCAAAUUACCGGUGGUUAUGCUGAGCUCAGUCAGUGAUUUGCUGAUGUAUAUUGAUGAGAAGCAGUUAACCCCGGAGUUCGGUGGCACCUUGGAAUAUUGUCAUAGCGAAUGGGUUAUCUUCAGAACUGCUAUUGAGAGUUUUGCACUAACAGUGAAGGAAAUUGCACAGAUGUUACAAUCUUUCGGCACAGAGCUGGCAGAAACAGAGCUACCAGAUGACACUUAUUCAAUUGAGCGCAUCCUGGCUUUGCGCACAGAAAAGUAUUGUCAGCUCAAGAGAGAUAUUACAGUAGUAACAAAAGAAGGAAACGUGCUGUUAAGUAGUUUAGAAGAGCCCAAUGCCAACGAACGUAGUCAGAAACAACACUGCGACAGGCCCGGAGACUGGGAAACUGUGAAUCGGUUACUUGCUCAGUUGCAUGAGAUGGAAACCGCUUUUGAUGGCUUCUGGGAAAAACAUCAACUAAAAAUGGAGCAGUAUUUACAACUGUGGAAGUUUGAGCAAAGUUUUCAUGAGCUCCAGACUGCCAUUGAAUUUUUAAUGGGUCAGCAAGCAGAACUGCCUGAUACUGGAGAUAGCGUGGCUCAGGUGAAACAAAGGCUCAAAGACUUGGGUAAUUUAGAUGGAAUGGCUCAGGACCUGGUAAGGAAAGUGCAGGUGGUGAUAUUACAUGGGCACCAGCUAGCGGCAAAUCAUCAUUAUGCACUCAGCUUAAUCUGUCAGCAGUGCAAUGAGCUGCGGCACCAUUCUGACAUCCUGUCAGAGGAGAUCAAAAGGAAGCAUGUACGGCUCCGAAUGACCUUAGAUCUGCACACCCGCCUGCAGCAGGCCCUCGAGUGCUGUGAUGAAGGGGCUAAUCUUCUAGCUAAUCAGCCAAUGGAUAAAUGCCAGUCUAAAGAAGGUGCUCGGAAAGCUCUUGAGGAUAUAGACAAAUUUCUUGAAAGUUCUUUGCUGUACUUAAACUAUGAUCCUCAAGUCCUGUGCUAUGACUUUGAAUCUGUUUUAACACCUGAAAUAAAGGACCAGAUACAGUCAGUCCAGAUCAAGCUUGAAAACGUUCGAACUAUGUUUGAGAAUCGGCAGACUUGCUUCAAAAAGCGGGUGGAUAAACAAGUCCGGCCUGUUCAGUUAGUAGCCCCUCGACCAGAAAACCCACCAAGAUCGAAAUCUCCUUUAUUCUCUCCCAAACACGGCAUGGAUUUUAAUUCCGGUUUAAAAUUUUCAUUUGACAUCUCUCUCCCUGGGAAGAAAACGUCAAGAAAAUCUCUCAACUCUCGUAAGAUUGAAGUAAUGCAUGACUAUCAAGAAAAAAGGAAUUCCUUGCAGUCUUUUAUUUCAGAAAGUGAAGACAACUUAGAUAUUCUAAAAAGCCAUGUCAUAAACGAGCUAAUAGAAACAGAGAGAGUGUACGUAGAGGAACUGUCCACUGUUCUAAUGGGUUACAGGGCUGAAAUGGAUAAUCCAGCGAUGGUCAUUCUCAUGCCGCCUGCCCUGAGAAACAGAGAGGAUGUUCUCUUUGGGAAUAUGCCAGAGAUAUAUGACUUCCAUAACAAAAUUUUCCUACACAAUCUGGAAAGCUGUAUUGGAGCACCAGAGCGAGUGGGGCUUUGUUUCCUGGAAAGGCGAGAAGAUUUUCAGAUGUAUGAGAAAUAUUGUCAGAACAAACCCCGGUCGGAAUCUCUGUGGAGGCAGUGUUCAGAAAGCACCUUCUUUCAAGAAUGCCAAAGAAAAUUAGAACACAGACUUGGGCUGGAUUCCUAUUUGCUCAAGCCAGUACAACGUUUGACAAAAUACCAGUUGCUUUUGAAGGAAUUGCUAAAAUACACCACAAGCUGUGAUGGAGUUAAAGAAUUGCAAGAAGCUUUGGUUGCAAUGUUGGAUUUACUAAAAUCAGUCAAUGACUCUAUGCAUCAGAUUUCAAUAACAGGAUAUGAUGGGGACUUGAGUGAACUUGGAAAAGUAUUGAUGCAAGGAUCGUUCAGUGUUUGGACAGGACACAGAAAAGGCCCUACAAAAAUGAAGGAGCUUGCCAGGUUCAAACCAAUGCAGAGGCACCUCUUCCUGUAUGAGAAAGCCCUGGUGUUUUGUAAGAAGAGAGAGGAGCAUGGAGAUGCGUAUGAUAAAACCUCCGCAUACAGUUUUAAGCAUUUUUUGAAAAUGAAUGCGGUUGGAAUCACUGAAAACGUGAAGGGGGAUCAUCGAAAAUUUGAGAUCUGGUACAGCGGACGAGAGGAGGUGUAUGUUGUGCAGGCCCCAACAGUAGAUGUGAAGAUGGCGUGGUUAAGUGAAAUGAGAAAAAUUUUGUUCAAGCAGCAGGAGCUUAUAAAAGGCCCUUAUUCAGCAAGCUACUUCAGCACCUGCCUCAUUUUAGUUGAGAAGAAACCAUACAGUUUGUUUACAGACCAGAUUCAACUUUCCCCUCAGCUGAGUGAUGGAAAGCAGCAUAGAGCCUCCAUAAGCUCCGAAGAAAAUGAUUCUGAACGCACCAGUCCUAUAAUGUUGGAUCGUAUCAGCUCAUCGCCACAGAACAAGCCAAAGCAAAGUUGGUCGAGAAUGUCACAAUCUGUGGAAAUCUGUGAAGGGCUUGAGGACUGGUCCAGCAACAGUUACCUUUCUAAUUGCUCAGACACAGAAGAAGAAGAUGGAAGCCAGUUGUCUCCAGGAAAAUAUAAAGCCCUAGCAGACUGCAAGAAAAGAGGAUCGGAGGACGUGCUGGUUAAAAACGGGGAUGUAAUUCAACUUUUGCAUGAGGACGGGGAAGGGCAAUGAAAGCAGACUUCACUUUUUUACACAUGGAUAUUCUCAUCCGCUUCAUGCAGUAGAUCUUUUGUUACUACGUAAAGAACAUUCGAGCGUCACAGCAAAAUAAAUGCAGAGAUGAUACUAUCCAACUGGUUGUGGAAGUCAACGGGCAGAGUACUGAAUUAAGUCAAAUUCUGUGGUCCUUGCUUGGACAAGACUCCCACUCAAGGUAGUGGGAGUUUGCUUUUAGUGAAGAUCACAGUUUUGAGGCAUUGUUGCAUUAUUACAGGAGCCAGUGUAUUCUUCGAAUAAGAUGCUCUAAUGUUCUCAUUCUUCAUUACUUUAUAGAUGCUGCCCUGUGUAACACAAGCAAGUUUAGUUCCCCCUGAGUUAUAGGUGAACUAGUAGCACCCUGUUUUUGAUGCUCCUUUGGAGACUUUGCACUAGGUGUUACAGAGAAACCGCACAAUAUCUGGAGUUACCCUGUACUAUUCAUCACAGUCACAGAAUUUCACAGCUUCAUCUGCACGGACCGGGACUGCAGUUUGUCACCGUCAUAAAUAGUUUGUCACGGUCAUAAAGGAAGACAUUGUUGGCUAUUUCAUUCUUUUUUCCCUAUGGAAAGCACUGUAUUUUAUUUUUGCCUGCUGUUUUUCCAUGCCAUCCAUUAAGUUCAUCAAAGAAGUAAAUCGACAGUGUCCUGACGCUUCAUUUAGAUACCUGAAAUUGAUUCGACAGAAUGAAAGCUUUACCCAUUUAUUUGUUGUGCUUGAUUGCAAAUGAAAGAGUUCAGUUUAGUAAACCAAAAAAAUAAAAAAGCCACAUUUUCUAGUUUACUUCAUUUUAUGGAAUGGGUUUAGAUAUAUUGCAGCUAUGUGAAUGUAAUGUACAAUAAGAUCAUCUUCUGGCUGGGUCAUAUGAUGAUGAUGCAAUAAUGCUAAAGAACUUCCUUUUGCACUGAAUAGCUGAUUCAAAGCCCAUUGUAGUCAAUAGAAGAAAUCAACAGGAGUCUAAUGGGCUGGGGGUCAGGUCCACUGACUGACAACUCAGGGUUGUCAAGAAUCACUUCGAGUUCCAAAGUGUUCCAGGGUAACAUCUGUAUCUAGCAAGUGUUGAAGUUUACAUGUAAUGUAUUGUCCUUUUGGAACGUGUGCCAUAACUAUAAGUUAAAUGUCCACAUUUGCACUACAGAUGUUCUUCUUAUAAGACGGUACUUGUCAGCAUCUUUACUGAUAACUUACCUUGUGAAUUUUUGGGGAAGAAAAAUUAAAAUGUUUCAUAAUUUAUUUUGUUUGUCUAGUUUUUCUUUUUGUAAUACAUAUGUACAGGUGGUUUGACUUUUAAACAGGGCUGUAUAAAGAUAAUUCUGAUUGCAUUGAAAACAGAGUUAGGGAUAUGCAUGCAAUAUUGAAGUUACACACUGUCUCAUUGGAUUGAAAUGUUUUAUACUCUGGAUUAAUGAGGAAUCCUUUUGAUGUGAAUUUGAUUUGUGAGCCAUGAAUUCUGAGUUAUAGUGUAAAGUUAUAUAAAACCUCAUUUUUAUUUUCCAGUGACCAUUUUUGUACAAAGGAAUUGCUGAGCUACUGUAUGACUGUCAUUGGAAUUGCAUGGUACAUUUCGUAGCAUGGUAGUACACCAAACUAAUGCUGUUUGGCACUUCUCUAACAAUAUUACUCAUCCAUCCUCAAAAAUAUGAAACUUGUACAGUAGAUCAGCUGCAUUUGAAUUAAGGAUCACUGCAAAUGCUAGAGAUCCCAAUCUUGUCCAAUUACUGGCAUUCUUAAUGAACAGAUUUUAAAUCAUCCAAAUACAUUUUUAUCUAUUUUAAAUAGGAUCACAAUGCACUUGUUAAGAGUAAAAAUAAGAUUCUGUUCAAUUACUAUUGGGGCUACUUAUAGUAGUAACAAUUCUUGUGGUAAAAAGUACACAUUUUGGAGGUACAAGAAUAAAUAGCAGUGUUGCAAUCAUAGCAUACAUUGCAUAUUAAAAUGGUUUUAAUUUUCUCUGUCUUCUAUAGUCUUGAAUCUAAGUUUUGACUAAUUGAUGAGACUGAUUAGUUCCGCAAAUCUGACUGUACAGUCUUAGACUUUUCACAUUUGGACCUUUGCACAAUAAAUGUUAUGUUACCUUAAGUAUAUGGAUUAAUGAGGGUGUUCAUGUAUAUGGUACUAUACAGCAGAGGGUUUUCUCUGUCUGUAAAUUUAAAUGAACUAUAUUGUAUAUGUACUUUUAAAAUGUGUUAAAUCUAUAUUUAAAAAAAUUUAAACAUUGUUAAAUAAAUUCAUAUGAGAAC